AUGCUUUUACAAAAAAAAUCAAUUUUUUUAGAUCCUAAUUAAUUGAAUUUAUGUAAUAAAUAUUUCAAAGUCAUUCAAAUUCUUUCCAAUUAACUUGUAGAAACAUUUACUAUUAGAUUCGAUUAAGUAAUAUAUAAUUAUACUAACAAUACAAAGUUUAAAGAUCGAAUUAAUACUAAGUUAUUAUCAUUUAUUUUCUUUUUAAUUUUUUAGAACUUAUUUUAAAUGAUCUUUCUAAUUAAAUAAAUCUUUUUGAACCUUCUUUCUAAUAUUAGGAAUCAUUCAAAUUAGAACGAAGAGUUUAAUUAGUAAAAUAAAUUAAAUUUUACCAAUUUGAUGGGACAGAUUUGUUAAUUGCCUUCAAUUCCUGAACUAGACACUGAUCUCAAUGCUAAUCAUGUUAAAUAAAUGACUUACUAAGAUGAAAUUUAAUAUGAAGAGCAUGAAAAUAAAAUAUGCGAAUAAAAUUAAUCCUUCGUACUUGAAAAUCAAAUAUCAAUGCAAUUAUCAUAAACACCAGAGUUUAGUUUACCUCCCCAAUAAACUAAAUUGUUUUCUCAACAAGAUAGCCAUUACACUCCUGAAUUUUUAGCACUAAGUUAACCUUUAUAAUAAUAAAUGAAUAUAUAUUCAUAAUAAUUUUGA